AUGUUGAUGAAUGUAAAAAUGGUGCAAACAAGUGCUCUGCUACUGAAAACUGUGUUAACCUAGAUGGAUCAUAUUCCUGCGUUUGCAAAAAAGGCUACUCUGGAGCUAAUUGUACAGAUGUGAAUGAGUGUAAUCUUGGUGUGUGCCACCAGAACUGUACAAACCUUCCAGGUUCCUAUUCCUGCUCCUGUUAUCAAGGCUAUGUACUCUAUACUAAAAAUGGUACCAAUGGUUUCUAUAUACCAGCUGGUGAAGAUGGGCUGAAACCUGGCGAUGUCUUUCAGAUUAAUAACACUUGUGUCCCUGUUACAUGCAAGCAACUACCGGUACCACCACUAAAUGGAACACUCUUGACAACCAGAUCAACCUAUUAUUAUAAUGAUCAGAUCAACAUCAUCUGUAAUUUUGGUUAUGCAUUAGAAAACCCUUCAGUGGCUACAUGUCAGAGUAAUGGGAACUGGAGUUACAAUACUAAUCCCAAAUGUAAAAAAAUGACCUGCCCUCAACCUCCAGUACUAAAGCAUGAAGCUUCCAGGUUUCCAUCUAAGGGAGAUAUAGAGCCGGGAGCGUCUCUAACAGUCACAUGUAACUCAAAUAAUAGAAGUGGGAAUAUCACUAGAAAGACAGUAUUCUGUGCACCAAGUCCUCAUGUUUCUGGACAGUUUUCCCUUCAAGGAAAUGACCUAAAAUGUCCAGAGGUGGACUGUGGAAAACCAGAAGGCAUUCAUGGUGGAAAAACAGUUCUUGUUACAGAUACAACAUAUGGCAGUUCCUUCAAGUUUACAUGUGACAGCAGCCGAGGAUUUACUCUGACUGGGAAAUCAACUCUAGGCAACUCUUCUGUUGUGUGUCAGAGUAAUGGCCACUGGGGAUUUGCUAGCCUUACAUGUGAAGGCUCCAAGUGUAAAGACCCUGGCACAAGGGCUGGAACAGUUCAGAUUGUGAGAACAAGCUAUGCAGUAGAUCAGCUAGUUCAGUACAACUGUACAAGGCCAGGUUUUACAAUUAUCACAAAUAACACUUUGGUGUGUGAAUACAAGAAUGGUACUGUAGAAUGGAGUGGUGAUCCUCCAACGUGUGAAGAUACGCAGCCACCUAAAAUCACAUGCCACACAGUGAACCCAUUGGAUCUAUACAGCACCUUAGUGUACCCAGACCCGACUGUGUUGGACAAUUCAGGCUUCUCCUGUUUGAUACUUGAGCCGCAAAGUUACAAUAAGAUACUUACCAGGCAACAUGACCCAGGUACGUUAUUCACACUAACAUCACAAUGA